AGUGUGUACACAGCCAAUUUGAGCUGCAGUACCAAUGACAUAGUGGAUUCGAGAUUUUAAACUGUAUAAGCUAUUAAAUCUUUCAAGGACAACACACACAGUUGAAAGAAAAAAAUAAUGCAGAUUAACAGAAUAGAACGAUGGAACGAUGGAAUUUAAUUGAAACUGAGUGCUUCAAGUUUAACCGAAACUUAAGUGCUUUUUUCUGCCUGUCUUUACGUGAGAAGCAUGCACUUUACUGCUAUAUGAUAGUUGGCGUUUUAACGUUUUUGGUGUAAAAUUUAGUUGAGCUGAUGGCUGGAUUGUACAACAAAAAAAAACAGAAACAUUUCAUACAUACACAAGUGAUUACCUCAGAUUUCCACGCGCGGAACGCAUGCACGCUACAGAACCGUUUCUUUGAGAAGUGUAAAUAAAAAAAAGGAAAACUUGCUAACGGCUGAUUGCUGUAUUCUGCCUAACAAGAAAGCUGUCAAACGAGAAUCUAUGUGGCCAGCGAAAUGAACGUUGCUCAACGAAGCAAAAAUGCCAAUUUCCUACGAACGAGCUGCACCGAUAACUGGUCGGUCCCGUUCUGCAACUGCGAGUAUCCCAAUGAAACCCGAUGGAAACAUUCGACGAAGAAAAUGCUGCCGUGCAGCUGCGGAGAAGAUACAUCGAGAAGGCUAGACUGGAUAUGGGAUAAAGCAUUAACAUUCGAAACGGUGGUAUCUGGUGCGGAAGUGAUUUUUCACCCAGUGUACAGCCAAGGAACUACCAUAGUCCGUGGUAAUGAACCAUUAUACCGAGGGCGACACCAUUACUGGGAGCUGAAAAUUCUUUCACCCCUAUCCGGGACAGACAUCAUGUUUGGCAUUGGCACUGAUAAGGUGGAUUUACUUCGGCAUCAGUUUUCAUUCACCAGUGUGCUAGGGAUCGACGACCAAUCGUGGGGCUAUUCCUAUCGCGGGUUGGCACAGCACAAUGGCCAACUGAAGUAUUAUGGAAAGAAGUUCAGCCGUGGCCGCAUCAUUGGUAUCUACGUGGACAUGUUUCGUGGUACAUUGGAAUAUUUUCUUAACCGACGUUCGCUUGGCAGAGCGUAUUCGGGCAUUCCGAGAGAAGACGGAAUAGAAAUAUAUCCGAUGGUUUCAUCAACGUCCGCCAAAUCGUCCGUUAAGCUUAUAAAUGCUGCCUCUUUCGAAGAUAAUCUGAGGUUUAAUUGCAUGAAGGUGAUUUGUAAAUACCCAAAGCUCCUCGCACAGGUAAAUGCUAUACCAGGGCUGAAGAAGAUCGCACAAGAGCUAUGGUUCUUGCAAUUUAAAGAGCCUAACCGGACAGAGGACUUCGCACUUAACAAUUUACAUCUGGCCGACGAAGCGGUACUGUGUGGUAAAAAGCUGAAACUCUUCAACUCAACCGAUUCGGCCGAUGGUAACGAUUCCAAAGGACAGGAAAUCAAUUCGGAAUCGCAAAUCUACGAUAGCCUAAUGAAGCGCGAGGAUCUCAACGAAGAAACCACGAGAUCAUCAAAAUCACACAACCACCGCUUCAUUUCUACUGAGUCUAAUAGUGAGGAUGAUGAGCUGGCUGUGAUUAUUUAGAUAAAUACUAUUUUUACUGCCAGUAUACUGGUAACCAGUAUACUGCGGCCGUGUGUACUGAACCAGUGCCAUCCAUUUCAAUCAUUUUACCACUACAGUUGUUACCAUCGUAAGGAUAAUCAUAAAUUAACCCAAAAUUGGGAUCAAAAUGUUGCUGACGAAGUAAGUAAUUUUUUUUAUGUUAGCUAUGUUCAUUUUUUCCUACUUGUGGAUUUUCCUCGAAGUCAUAAUCUUUUUUUACAAUUAAACCCAAGUACUUCAUGAUAUACGGCUAGCGUAUGAUACGUAUGUUCAUAAACAGAGUUGGAUGCUCGUUCAUGCUCGUUAUCUUAAGUUUCGUCUAGCAUUUAUUUUGCAGAUUUAUCGUGUACUUCCUUAUGAAUUAAUAAAGACUUUGAUUUUCACGAUUGAUAAACCUUAA